AUGACGCCCAUGGCGGCUGUCCUGGCCCUUCUCUUGGCCUUGAGCGGUAUGGUGGUGAUCUCUGCUGACAAGUACCCGUCCCCUUCUCCACCGCCUUACCAUUACAAAUCUCCACCACCUCAUCCACCUAAGGAGCACUACCCUCCUCCUCCAAAGAAGCACUACUACUACAAGUCCCCCCCACCGCCCUCUCCUCCCAAGCACUACUACUACAAGUCCCCCCCACCGCCUUCUCCUCCCAAAAAUCACUACUACUACAAGUCUCCCCCUCCACCUCCUCCGAAGAAGCACUACUACUAUAAGUCUCCCCCGCCACCCCCUCCCAAGGUGCACUACUACUACAAAUCACCGCCGCCACCACACAAGUACUGA